GCGGCGCCCGGGCGGGGCGGGCGGGGGUUGUUGUGGAGCGGCCGGAGCACGUGAAGAGCGCAACGUCAUCAUAACACUCGUAGGAACAUGGCGGCUCCUGCGGGCGGAAAGGUUGUAUAUGAACAAGAAGGAGUUUUCAUUCAUUCAUCAUGUGGAAAAAAUGAUGACCAGGACAAUUUAAUAUCAGGAGUACUACAUGUCCUAGAAAAGGAAGCUGAAGUAAUAGUGGACUGGAGACCAUUGGAUGAUACUUUGGACUCUUGCACUAUUCUGUAUGCUGGAAAGGAUUCCAGUUCUGUUGUGGAAUGGACUCAGACUCCUAAAGAAAAAUCUCUCCGAGGGUCAGAACAUCAGAAUAGUUAUGAAGCAGAAUGGGACAUGGUCAACACAGUCUCUUUUAAAAAGAAGCCACAUUCUAAUGGAGAUGCUACAGUUCAUGCAAAUGGAGAAAGCAAGUGGUCAUUCCUGUUCAGUUUGACAGAUCUAAAGUCAGUCAAGCAAAAUAAAGAAGGCAUGGGAUGGUCUUAUUUGGUGUUCUGUUUAAAGGAUGACAUCAUACUCCCAGCUCUUCACUUCCAUCAUGGAGAUAGCAAACUGUUGAUUAAAUGCCUUGAAAAAUAUGUGGUGCUGUGUGAAUCUCCACAGGAUAAAAGAAUACUCCUUGUGAAUUGUCAGAACAAGAGUCUUUCACAAUCUUUUGAAAAUCUCCUUGAUGAACCAUCAUAUGGCUUACUACAAGUAGGGAAACUACAUAGAAGAAAAACAUUUGAGGUCAUUCAUCACUGGAAAAAAUUGAAGAGGGAUCCUUAUACAGCAACUAUGGGAAGAUUUUCCAAAGUGACCAACUAUAUUUUUGAUAGUUUUCGAUUAAGUGACCAGUCAACGCAACGGCGGCCACCAUCAGAAAUGGUAGACUUCCUUAGUGAUGCUAUUCCAGGACUAAAGAUAAAUCAGCAGGAAGAACCGGGAUUUGAAGUCAUUACACGAAUUUAUCUAGGGAAACGACCUGAAGUUAACAGAAGAGAGCCAGUGUCAGUUGAGGAAUGGACAAAGAAUAUGGAUUCAGAAGGAAGACUGAUACAUGUUGACUCCAUAAAGCAAAUGAUAUUCAAAGGGGGGCUCUGCCAUGCUUUGAGAAAAGAAGUAUGGAAAUUCCUUUUGGGUUAUUUUCCUUGGCACGGCACCAGGGAGGAAAGAACUAACUUGCAAAAAAGAAAAACAGAUGAAUAUUUCAGGAUGAAACUUCAGUGGAAGUCAGUCAGUGAGGAGCAAGAAAAACGCAAUUCAAGAUUAAGAGACUACCGGAGUCUUAUAGAAAAAGAUGUAAACAGAACAGAUCGCACAAACAAGUUUUAUGAAGGUCAAGAUAAUCCAGGAUUGAUUUUACUUCAUGAUAUUUUGAUGACUUAUUGUAUGUAUGACUUUGAUUUAGGUUAUGUUCAGGGAAUGAGUGACUUGCUUUCGCCUGUCUUGUAUGUCAUGGAAAAUGAAGUGGAUGCCUUUUGGUGCUUUGUAUCAUACAUGGAUCAAAUGCAUCAGAAUUUUGAGGAACAAAUGCAGGGCAUGAAGACACAGCUAAUUCACCUGAGUACUUUGCUUCGCUUGCUAGACAGUGGGUUUUGCAAUUACUUAGAAUCUCAAGACUCAGGAUACCUUUAUUUUUGCUUCCGGUGGCUUCUGAUCAGAUUUAAAAGGGAAUUUAGCUUUCAAGAUAUUCUUCGAUUAUGGGAGGUAAUGUGGACAGAAUUGCCAUGCCAGAAUUUUCAUCUCCUCAUCUGUUGCGCUAUCUUGGAAUCUGAAAAGCAGCAAAUAAUGGACAAGCAUUAUGGCUUUAAUGAAAUACUAAAGCAUGUCAAUGAACUGUCUAUGAAAAUUGAUGUGGAAGAUAUACUCUGCAAAGCAGAAGCAAUUUCUAUGCAGAUGAUGAGUUGCAAGGAAUUACCUCAGGCAGUUUGUGAGAUCCUGGGGAUGGAGAACAGCUCUGCAACAACACCAGAUUCAGACACUGGAGAGGAGGAGGGUGAUGUGAUGAGUCAUUCUAAAUCAACAUAUCAGAAUAUCUCAAUGCCUCAAACUGCUGCCAAUGGAAAAAAAGAUAAUGCUCAACAGAUGGCUGAAGUGCAUAGAUUGACACCUGCAUAAUUAUACUUAGCUAAAUUGAAGAGAGACUUUAUUGAGCUAAUUUUUCAAGCACUUGAGAGGUCACUAUUUAAAAUUUGGCAUUGAUUAAGCUUUAAGGUUUUGGAAGGAAAUUCUGUACUGUAAUGCUGUUGCAUUAAAGCUUUACAACAUGACCUGACUUAAUUAUUUUUGUAGUUACUUCUACCAAAAUAGCCUUUUGUUUUCAAUAACAUUCCUUAAUAUUUUUGUAGCCAAGUGCAUUUUCUUUUUUGUUGAUGAACUGGACAUGGAUUAUGCUUCAGAAGUGACUGACUUGGAAAUGAUGCAUCUGCUGAGCUUUUGGUUGUAUUAUUCUGAGCUUGGGUGGUUCUUCUGUUUGGUUAAAUCAAAAUGGGCAAACUAGAGCUCGUGUACACCAUUUCCAAGCUGAAAAAAUUCUGAUUUUCCUAAAGAAGGAAUACUUUGUAAAUGAAUGGGGGUUCUCAUUCUUAAGUGUUUACAAAAAUACUUCUAAGUAUUUGCUGGUUGAAUGUAGAUUUGAAAUGGACUUUUUCACCUAUUGCAGUUUAAUGUCCAAGUACUAAAUUUUGUGUAACCAGGAGUGGAUGAACAGUAUAUUUUUUGCAUUUAACAUUCCUUCACGUAUACAUACACACCCAUGCACACCCACACAUACUUAUUUGUGAAUACUAAAAAAGAUAGGCAUAUUUUCAAUAUUUGAGUCAACUUGACUGUUCAUUCAUAUGCAAGUCAGUUUGACCAGAUUAAUAUACAACUUGGACUGUUUUUGAAACUAUUUUCUAAAAAUAAAGGUAACUAUUUCAUGUGGAUAUAUUAAGUUCUACAUUUGGUGUAAUUUUACAUAUAGUUUCUUGCAAACUUUAACUUUACUAAUAAUGUUUAUCUUUGCUAAUCUUAUAUAAACUGAUCAGUAAACUCCUACUUACACUAUUUUUUAUGUCAGACUAUUUGGAGAAUUUAAAAACAGGUGAAAAAUGCAAAAUGGUAAUCGGAGAUCUUAAUAAUUAAUUAUUUUGUAUAUGCAAAAGGCAGUGUGAGUUUAUUCUAUGCCAUGCUCUGACCUUUAUAAGUUAUGUGAAAUUUAACAUAACUGAUUCAGUGUAUUCAUUGUUAUUUGGUAACUGUUGUACAUAUAAAAUAAAAUUCAAAGCUUAUUUAGUGCUUUUAAUUAAAUUGUAUUUAGAGAAAAUC